AUGGACAAUGCUACGUGCCACGUCGUCUACGUGAACCGCAAGGUUCUCCAGGACAGGCUUAUCCGACCCGAUGCGAAGGACACCCAUUUAUCCAACGGAAGCGCAACCGAUGUGGAGGAGAAUGACGAUAUUCAGAAAGACGCCACGCUGCUGCUGGAAACCUUUGGAGAAGUCUACUUGUGUUCCACGGGCUCGGCAUGCAUCUCUACGCUCUUCCAGCUUUCGGACGAUGCCAUGAUGGACCUGACGCCGACCCUUGUUCUUAUUGACGUGCCCCACGAUGAACGGCUACCCAAGAUCCGCUCAAAGUCUAGAUCGCCUUCGCCGCAUUCUCGCCCAGCCACUGCCGAUAUCGACAUUCAUACCCCGGAAGAGGAGGUGUACGGCCUCAAACUGCUGCAGCGGAUCAUGACCGAGGCGCAUCUCCGCAGCCUGUCUAGGCUGAUCGUCCCGGUGCCCAUCAUCAGCUUUUCGGCCCCUGAGGACGCCGCGCCGGCUAGCGACGAUGCGAAACCCAAGUCUUCGUCUGCAGUCGAUCGCCGCUUAAUCAUUCGUUGUCUCGACCUCGGCGCUGUCGAUGUCGUCAUCAGCCCUCUGCAUCUGAGGUGCAUCACGAGUCUGGAGAUCCACGCUUACCGGGCGCAUAAGGAAGCUGCCAGAGAACAGCAGGAGAUGCUCGAGGUACGCCGAGGACGCAAACGAUCAUGGGUCGGAGUGAACGAGGAGAAGCCCUUCUCCUACCUCAGGGAAGCCAUGGUGUCUGGAUUGAUGAGGGGCAUCUGCCGGUCUGGCGCUGAUUCGGACGAUGACCGGAUCGCCAAUGUAAGCAUCUCCGUGUCCACCGAUCGCCAAGCUGCGGUUGCUGCGGCCGUCGGCCAAUGGCACUUUUGCGCGCACAGCUUCACGGACGACGAGCUCCUUGUAGCAGCCAUGGUCAUGUUCAAGCAUGCUUUGACUAUGCCGGAAUUGGACCGUUGGCGAAUACCGACAGAUCAACUCAUUACAUUUUUGGUCGCCUGCCGGGCUGCAUACAACAACUUUGUUCCCUACCACAACUUUCGGCACGUCGUCGACGUCUUGCAGGCCACCUUUCACUUCUUGGUCCGCAUCGGCACCCUCGCGCCCUAUCCUGUCGACCCCUUGGCAGAAGGAGACACGAUCGAGAAGUCACCAAUGGCAAGCCUGCUCCAGCCGUUUGAGGGCCUGACGCUCUUGAUCACGGCGAUAGGGCAUGACGUUGGUCAUCCUGGUGUCAACAACGGAUUCCUAGUCACCCUCAACGCUCCCUUGGCGCAGUUGUACAACGACCGUUCCGUGCUCGAGUCGUUCCACUGCGCUGCUUACUCGCAGAUCCUCCGAAGGUAUUGGCCUAGCGCAUUUGAAGACACCAAGAUGAGGCACCUAAUGAUCAGCUCCAUUCUUGCUACCGACAUGGGUCUGCACUUUGACUACAUGAAGAGGCUUGGGGACACCCAGGAGAAGCUGGGCGUUAACAACUCAAUCGACGGGUGGAACGGGCGUAUGCUGGAAGAGCAGAAGGCAUUGGCUUGCUCCAUACUCAUCAAGUGCGCAGACAUCAGCAAUGUGGCAAGGAAACAUGAAACCGCUCUGAAGUGGAUGCACAUUCUUUCGGACGAGUUUUCUCGCCAAGCCUCGAUGGAGAGCGAACUGGACAUCGCAUCGUCGCUGCUCUCGGCUCCGAAGAAGGACACGAUGUCGCUCUCCAAGGCGCAACUGAGCUUCAUGAACAUGUUUGCCAUCCCUCUCUUCCAAGGUGUCGCGGACAUCCUCCCGGCAAUGAAGUACACGGUCGAUGAGCUCGAGAUCAAUAAGGGUCUCUUCGAGCAGCGCAUCCGAGACGAGCAGGCAAAAGAGGACCCCGUUCGCAAGAGGCUUCUCCGCGAUGGAACAUUCUCCCCGCGAACUAUGAGUUUUGUUUCGGGACCAGAGAACAGCAAGGAGUCCAUAACCCCGCGGGUGACCACGCCGCUAGCGGAGAUCACCACGCCACCUUCGCUGGUGGACGAGUCACGGCAGGAGAAUCAGGAGGUUGCUUCGGAGCUGGCGGAUUCGGUGAACACGCCUUCGCAAUCAUCAGACACUCCGGAGGACUUCAAGGAGGCCAACGGGAUUGUGACGUCGUUCGACUCAGUGGCAGACUUUGCAGCGAGCGACCCUUUCCACUGCCGUGACAGGGCGAGCAGCUCCCCCGACAACCACCACGGCCACAACGGGAAGCAACGAUGUAGCGAGACAACGGACGGAAGCACGACAGGGCCAUACACUGGAGAUUGGGCCUCGCAGGCAACAAGUGCCACUACCGGCAAGAUGCCUCUGUCACCAAGCACCCAGGGCACUAGCAUUGUCAGCAGGGAAUCCACGGAGCAGCUGCCGGGCGUGCCCACGAUUUCGGAACCGAAACCUUUCGCCGAGUCCAAGCCCGAGCCUGCGUUUUUGGACCACGAGGUCAACGGCGCUCACAUGUCGCAAGGGACUUUUGGCAAAGCGGAAGGCGCCAAGGUGGUGAAGAAGAAGUCUAGCAGAUUCCGCAUGAACGCUUUCCAGUUCUUCCGGCGGAACAGGGCGUCAAGCCCUUCCAUGUCGGCCGCCGACACAGCCGGCUGA